AGGCCCACCAUGAAUUUUGAAGGUCUUGAUCCAGCCCUUGCAGAGUAUGUUCCUUCCCUACAUCCUGCCCUAGAUCCACACCUCAACCCAAGCCUGUUACAGAAUGUGGAGCUGGAUCCAGAGGGAGUCCCUCUGGAAGGCAUUGCUGUGCCUGACUCAGUGCAUAUCAUGGAAGGCAUGUAUUCUGAACUUCACACCGUUGUUUCAGAAGUGGGUGUACCUGUUUCCUUCUCCCAUUUUGACCUACACGAAGAAAUGCUCUGGGUUGGAAACCAUGGAGGUCAUGCCACUUCUUUCUUUGGUCCAGCCCUGGAACGAUAUUCUUCCUUCCAGGUACACAGCAGUGACGACAUUCGACAAAUCCAAAGCUUGGAAAAUGGUGUGCUCUUUCUGACCAAAAACAACCUAAAAUACAUGUCAAGAGGUGGGCUCAUAAUCUUCGAUUACCUCAUGGAUGAAAGUGAGGAUAUGCACAGCCUUUUACUGACUGAUCCUGGCACUUUGCUUGUUGGAGGCCUAACCAACCAUGUGAUUGAAAUAGACCUGAACACAGUGCAGGAAACUCAGAAGUAUUCGGUGGAAAUUCCUGGAGUUACAAUUAUGAGACAGUCCAACCGUUUCUUUUUUUGUGGUCACACAUCAGGAAAGGUUUCCCUGCGUGAUCUCCGCACUUUUGCUGUAGAACAUGAGUUUGAUGCCUACUCGGGCAGUUUGUCCGAUUUUGACGUCCACGGCAAUCUGUUGGUGACAUGCGGCUUCUCCAGUCGAAUGAAUGGCCUAGCUUGUGAUCGUUUCCUCAAGGUGUAUGAUUUACGCAUGCUGCGAGCCAUUACACCUCUGCAGGUCCAUAUUGACCCUCUGUUUCUGAAGUUUAUUCCUACUUACACAUCUCGCCUGGCCAUCAUCUCCCAGACAGGUCAAUGUCAGUUCUGUGAACCUACUGGAUUAGCCAAUCCUGCUGACAUAUUUCAUGUAAAUACAGUGGGACAGCUAAUAAUGAGCUUUGACGUGUCAUCCAGCAAACAAGCUAUGGUUUUUGGAGACUCGGAAGGCUGUGUCCACUUGUGGGCUGAUUCACCUGAGAUCACCUUCAACGCCUACUCGCGGGAAACUGACUUUGCCUUACCUUGCAUUGUGGAUACCUUGCCCCACCUUGACUGGAACCAAGACCUCAUGCCCUUGUCACUUAUACCUGUACCUCUGACCACUGAGUCGUUGCUGUCUGACUGGCCUGCGGCCAAUUCUAUCCCCGCACCCAGACGAGCUCCACCUGUUGAUCCAGAUAUCCUUCGGACCAUGAAGAAAGUUGGCUUUAUUGGAUAUGCUCCAAACCCCAGAACCAAGCUCCGGAAUCAGAUUCCCUACCGCUUAAAGGAGCUUGACAACGAAUUUGAUAAUUUCAGUCAAGUCCCUGAAUCCCCCAUAGGAAGAGAAGAGGAGCCACGGAUCUACAUGGUGGCAAAGAAAUACAGGAAGGUCACAAUAAAAUAUUCCAAGCUGGGCCUGGAAGAUUUUGACUUCAAACAUUACAAUAAGACACUCUUUGCUGGUCUUGAGCCCCAUAUUCCAAAUGCUUACUGCAAUUGCAUGAUCCAGGUUCUUUAUUUCUUAGAACCUGUGCGCUGUUUGGUCCAGAAUCAUUUAUGCCAGAAGGAGUUCUGCCUCAGCUGUGAGCUGGGUUUUUUAUUCCAUAUGCUGGAUUUGUCCAGGGGAGACCCUUGUCAGGGGAGUAAUUUUCUGCGUGCCUUCCGCACCAUCCCAGAAGCAGCUGCUUUGGGGUUGAUCUUGGCUGAUUCGGAUGAAGCUACAGGGAAGGUGAACUUAGGUCGGUUGAUUCAAAGUUGGAACAGAUUCAUUCUGACCCAGCUCCACCAGGAGACUCAAGAGCAGGAGGGCCCUCAGGCUUACCGAGGCAUUGGGUGCAGCAACUUUGGAUCUUCUGGGGACUCGGUCAUUGGGCAACUUUUCAGCUGUGAAGUGGAGAAUUGCAGUAUGUGCCGCUGUGGCAAAGAGACAGUCCGAGUCUCUUCUACUCUCCUCUUUACGCUCUCUUAUCCUGAGAACAAUGAUAAAAUAAUGGAUUACGAAUUUGCCCAGAUAUUAAAAAGAAGCAUUUGUCUGGAACAGAACACUCAGGCCUGGUGUGAGAACUGCGAGAAGUACCAACCCACAGUCCAGACACGCAACAUCCGCUGUCUGCCAGAUGUGUUAGUCAUUAAUUGCGAGGUCAACAGUUCGAAGGAAGCAGAAUUUUGGAAGGUGCAAGCUGAGUAUGCUUUUAAGAAGAAGAUGAAGAAGAAGGGUUGCCUGGAAUUCCCCAAAAGUAGAGAAAUAGCAGUUGGAGAAUGGAAUGAGUUAGGAAUGGCUGAGGGGGGACACUCUUACACCUCCAUUGAAGAGCUAAAGAACAUCUGGAUUCCUUAUUCCAUCAAGAUGAAGCUCUCCAAGAACAAGGAGUUGGAGGUCUACAACGGGGAUGAAAGCAAUGAAAUGGGCAUGUUGGAGGAUCAAGAAUCUACAUACGUCUAUGACCUCAUGGCAACAGUUGUACAUAUUCUAGAUUCCCGGACCGGGGGCAGCCUUGUGGGGCAUAUCAAAGUUGGAGAGACCUACCAUCAAAGAAAGGAGGGGGUCACACACCAGCAGUGGUAUCUUUUUAAUGACUUUCUCAUUGAACCUGUGGAUAAGUGUGAGGCUGUACAAUUUGACAUGACCUGGAAAGUGCCUGGGAUCCUUUAUUAUGUGCGGAGGAACCUCCACUCCAAGUACAAUUUGCACAUCAAGAACCCGAUUGAAGCCAGCGUGUUGCUUGCCGAGGCUUCCCUUGCUCGCAAACAGCGCAAAUGUCACGCCACUUUCAUCCCCCUCAUGCUGAGCGAAAUGCCACAGGUUGGAGACUUGGUGGGAUUGGAUGCUGAGUUUGUGACCCUCAAUGAGGUUCCCAGAGAUCAAGUAAUCGACACCGUGUAUUUGUUCCACAUGCCCAGGAAGAGGAUGAUCUCCCUGCGCUUCCUUGCCUGGUAUUUUUUGGACCUGAAAAUUCAAGGAGAGACUCAUGACAGCAUUGAAGAUGCACGAACAGCACUUCAGCUGUACCGGAAAUACAUGGAACUGAGCACUGGAGGCUUGGAACCUGAGGAGUUCCGGAAGGUGUUGAAGGGCCUCUAUGAAAAAGGGAGAAAAAUGGACUGGAAGGUCCCGGAACCUGAUGGCCAGAGCAGCCCCAAGAGUGCUGCAGUGUUCUCAAGUGUGUUGUCUCUCUGAUCCACGUAACCCUACCAUUUCCAAUGUCCCUUGAGAAGAGGACCACUUCAAGCCUGCUCCCUGGAAUAUGGAUAUCGAUGGGCUGAAAGAUAGUGUGGGUGUAUAAGACAGGAAGGCACUAUCAUUAAUGCAGAGUCAACAUGAAUUUCAGGGUUCAGAGGAUUUCUUUUGGCUUUCCCAAUAAGUCUCUUGGAUCUCAGGUCCCAUUUUAAACAGCCAUGGCCAAGAGAGUACAUGAUGCAGGCCAGAGGGUCACACUUCCUUUCAGAGACUGUGUGCAUUCACAGAGUAGGUAUAUGGUGCAGCAUCUAUUAGGUGCUUAGGGAAUAGGCUGUUCUUGAUAAAAAGAUGGUGAGAAGCAACUGAUGAAGUGUUUCAAGCCCCUUUCUAUAGGUGUCAAUGUUGUUCGUAGAGCUUGCAGAGCUGGACUCUUAUGGUCAUGGAAGCUUCAUGGCUUUUUAAUCUUUUCUAUAUGUAAAUUGUGAUCAAGGUUACAUAAAGACUCUAUAAAAAUG